AUGGUCCCAGCCGCGGCCACGCUGCACGGGGAUGCUCCCUCAGCCUCCCCUGGGCAGAACGGUGCCUCAGAGAGAGAAAAAGGCUCUUUCACCUGCUGGAGAGAGGUGCGAGGACCUGCGGCGCGUACCCCUCCGGCCGUGCCAGGCCCCUCGCUCGCCCCGCGACGGCGACAACGCGACCCCUUCCUUCAUGGAAUCAUACAACUAUUCCGAGCAAAUACUUUAUUUAAUAUUUGGAUCAAAUACAAGCCUCGACUGCCAGAGUGGUAUUUCAAUGAAAAACUUCUGAAAGUUGGUGAUUUCCUUGCUCAGAUCAAAGAAUAUAAGUUGGCACUUCUACAGUGCUAUGGAAGAUACUUUCAGCAGUUUGUUUCUGGAAACCUUGAUGAUAUCAUUGAUGAUGUGCAUCAAUUUAAAUCCACCUUUUUCCCAAAUGGUCUCAGAGACAAAAAUGCAGUACUUACGUUGCGUGCUUUGCAAGAGAGAAAUGUUUGCAUUUAUCAGAUGAUUUGCAGCAGUGACAGAAAUCUCCAGAAUCGAGAGUCCCUGCAGACUUGUUUGAAUGUCUUGUCCUCAUUACGACUCACUAUGCAAGUGGCUCUACCUCAGGAGAAUUUGUGUUGGCUUAUCUACAAUGGUACUAUUCAUAUUUACACCAUAUGCAGACAUUUGAUGAUGAUAGGUCAGUCUGCAAAGACAUUUGCUCGCCGUGGUCUGAUUAAAAUUGAUGAACUGAAGAAACUAGAAAAUAUCAAUUUGCUGGAAAAUUCAGAGGCAAAAAACAUUUUUACAGAGGCUACUCUAAAGAUGUCAGUAAUGAUUUUCAAGAGAGCAGUAUAUGAAUCCAGAAGAAAGCCAAAAGGCUACUUUCGACCUAAGAUAAGAGUUAACCUGAAAGAAGCACAAAAGUUUCCAUGGCCUCGCACUAUUACUGAAGAGCUGCUGACAGAAAUGUUUGAAAGUGAUGCAGCUCAGUUCCUUGCCAUCCUGGAAGCCCUGUCUGAUAGUAGCAGACAUGUGUUGGGCCCUGCUCCACCUCCUCCUGAUGAAGUGGAAAUUUGUGAUGUCAUUUCUGAGCUUUUUUUUGCAGGACUGGAAAUCCUCACAGGGGGAGUGAACAGUACUGAUAUUCAACGAAGUCAUCUCAUCAAUCAUUUUGGUAUAACUAAUACAUCAUCAACCCUUCUGGACUUGAUACUAACAGGAGAAAGGGGUGUGUCUGGAGAUGCAGCUGUGAAAUUCAUAAAAUUAGCUUUCAGCUAUGAAGAGUGGAAUGUGUUUGAUUCUGCUGUUGAAUUUGUUGUUAAUUUUCUUCAGACUCAAGAGGACCCAAUAUGGAAGAAAGCUGAAAUGGAACUCGAACUUCUUACACUGAUGCAAGCUUUGCUAUUUCCAAGAAAAAAUAAACACAGCUUCACUAGUACUGACAGUACUACCAAAGAAGCUAGAAACUCCCAGGUUUCUCAAAAGAGUCAAACAUUUAGAAAAACAUUGAAUGUAGAGCAUGGGGAGCCUUCUCAGGAUAUUAUGAUUUUGGCAUCAACAGUAUUUUCCUGUGUCUCCACAGCUAAGCAGAAUAUCCAACCUGACAAAGAAAUACUUGUUGAAGUAAUAAAGUUUUUGUGGCAGAAGUGUAAAACAAGACUUCAGCAAAUCCAACUGAGUGGAAGUGACUGCUUGAAAUAUAUCCACAGACAGAAAGCUUACCAGUGGGUUCACAUACUCUGGAUAAUAAAUGAAACCAUCCAGAGGAGCAGCAUAGCAGGCACUGAUAUUGUAAUGCAUGCAGAGGUAACCUUACAUCUAGCUGCAAUAUUGGAAAAUGUAGCUGCUUCUGCAAGUAAACCUAAGAAAAAAGCAGGUAGAAUGAGUGCCUCUCUCUUGCAAGAUGAAGCCUCUGAUAUCCCUGAAAUUCUGAUGAAAAGUCCUACAGAACUGUUACGAGUUGCUUAUGAAAGUCUUGAAAAAGCAAUUAAUGAAAUGAACACAUUUUGUCUAAUGACCCUUGUGCCAGAUGGAAAGUCAAUAUUUGACAACUGCUGUACAAAGGUGGAGUCAAAUGAUCAGGAUUUGAAUUCUGUUUGGGGAGUUGGUAAUGAUAAGACAGGAACAGGUUUCAUAAUGGAUUUACACGUGGAGCUCAUUCAGGCCCAACAUCGAAUAUCUGUGAAACUUCUUAAAAUGACACAAGAUGCCCAAAAGGAUGAACGAAGUCUUCAGUCUAGCAAGGCCCAUGUGAAAAAUAUUGAAGAUACCCCUUAUUUAACAGAGGCAGGUAUAAUGAGAAAAAUAAAAAAGAAUAAGCUAUCCAGAGCGAUCUUUUUGAUGCAAAAAGCUGUACAGAAGUUUUCUAAAGAGUUAACCACUUCUUCCCAAAGGCAGCUACUGGAGGAAGCACUGACUUUAAUUGAGCAAGUUGAAGCUGAACAAAGAGCAUUGUAUCACAGUCUCAAAGAAGUUAUGAGCAGCAAGAAAAAAAGCAAGACUCCUCCACCUCCUCUGUUACUUUCGAGAUCACAUUGCUCCAUGACAUUUAAACCAGCCCCGUUCUCUUCAGAUGUUCAGGUUUCAUGGUACAGUAUUUUUGGCUGUGUAGCAGAAGGAAAUAAUAAGAAAGUAAGGUUAAAUAACAAUAAACUUCCAAAUGCAGGAGAAGAGAUACCAGCUGAUGACAAAAGCCUCUUGGAAAUACAUGGCUUAGAUCCCAAUGAGAAAUACAUAUUUGCAGUUGCAGCAUAUUCUUCUGACGGAAAACUUAUUGGUGAUAGCAUUGGGGAAACAACUAAGCCAAUCCUUGCUUACCCACCUCUUUCUGCCACUACUGUUCGAGCCUAUCUGGUUCAGGUAGCCUAUCAGACUGGCAACUAUACAUUAGCCAGAGAAGUUUUUUCACCAAUGUGGGAUUAUUUUGUUUCAAAUUCCUCUUCACUUCCUGCCAAUGCAGCUGUUAUUUCUGCAAGCAAUAAUUUGACUGUAUCUGUGAACAGGUUACGUUUUGAAGUUCUACCUCAGACUUCUCGUAUUACCUUGCAUCUCUUUCUGAGGAAUAUAUUUGCUAUUUGUGACAUUAAUGUAAUGGAAAGAGAACUCUUCUGUGAUUCUAUCUGUUCCAGUGAGAUACUUUAUAAGGAACAAGUUGCUAGAUUAGCAGAAUGUGAAAGACUGAUGGUGGCAAUUGAACUUAGCAAUUGGUUGAAUAAUGCACGUUACACCCUGCAGUCUGUUGUGCAAUGUUAUGGUCUCCUUGCUCCAAUUAUUUAUCACAAGAUUUCUUCAGUACAAGUAGUUCAGAUCCUCAUUAAAUGCUUGGCUGUCCUUCAAGAAAUCCCAAGUGCUACUUUGCAGAGGAGGCAGGCAGGAUGUUAUGAGAGCAUUCAGCAUAUGAUUGCUUGUACCUCAUUUUAUACAGCAAAGGCUGCUUCUGCAAAGACAUCCCAUUUAGCUGCAAUGCAAAAAGCAACAGAAAAUCUCAGUGUUCUUGAAGCAAAUCUCCUCAAGCUGACAAAACCAGUGAUGAAAUUCAGAAACAAUUCACGUUUUCUUGAGUUCUUUGUUCAAGUUUUGCACAAAAUCCUGAAUGAAGAGAACUUUCAAUGUGUUUUGGACUGGGCAGGCAAUGUGGAAGAUUACUUGAAAAGGAGAAACGACCAACUUCUUUGUAUCGAUGGAGCUCUUCCAGAAAGGAAGGAUAGACACACUACAGGAGCUGCAGGGGUUCAGAAAAAUACGAAGACCUCACCUUUAAAGAAAGAAGCAUCAGCUUUGAAGAAAACAGGAAAAGAAGCCUCGCGUUCUGUUCCAAAAAAGGGGACUCUUAGACAGUAUUUAAUGAAAAAUCCAGAUGCACAAAGUUACAAAAUUUUGGAUCCUGAAAUAUUCUCAUUAAAUAACUCUGGCACUGUAGUGGUGAGAGAAGAUGUAGAGAGUAACAUGAGAACAACUCCUCCUCUCCUUAAAACGUCAGAAAUGACCAAAAAACAAAUUGGUACUGGUAAAUCUGAGCACAGCAUUAAACCCCGUGGAACAGAUACUCCUGAAACUAAAAGAAAAAAAAAAACAGAAAUAUCUGUCUCUCAUUCCCCCAAAGAACGCAACCAGGUUCCGUCAAGCAGCGCUUUAUUGGAGCGUUUUACAAAAAUCUUCUUGCAUUUAAGAAGAGCACUGAUUGUGGAUCCUGAAGGAGACUUCUGCAUCCCCAGUUGUUUAGGAGGUAUUAUGGAUGAGAACGGUGGAUCUAAUCUUCAUCCACAGUCUCCCUUGGACGAUGUGAAUGUGCUUGACUUGAAAUGUAUAUGUAAUCUGAUUCUUAAAACAAUAGAAUUGUUAUAUCAAAUGGAGAAAUGGGAAGCACUGGUACACAUAGCUGUACAGUUUAAUAUAUUUACACAUGAGAGAUACACAGAACAAGUGAGUCCACUGCUGGUGUAUGCUCAGAGGCAGCUGCUGAAAAGGAUACAGCAAUUCAGUGGCCCAGAGAGCCAUGAAUCUCAUUUCGUAAAAUCUGUGUCUGAUAGUGCACAUAAGCCGUUAGAGAAAUUUGACUCAUCAAAAUCUCUCCUGACUGUUACAAAUUUACAGGUACUGGAAGACAUAUUUAAUUUGAGUCUAUCGUUAACAAUGGUGCCAAUGUGUAACCAACAAAUUAUGAACAAACUGACUUUAGCCAAAACACAUUCCAUCAUUUGCCUUUCUGCCACAAUAAAUAACAUACCUGAAAAAGUGGAAAAACACAUCUAUACUGUUGAAAACCCGCCCCCAAAGGAGCCAAGCAGACUUAGAGCAUCAAAGGCAAAAGGUGCUGCUGGUAAGAAUUCAAGACAAAAGGAGAAAAGUGUCACAAUGGUGCAGCUCAUUGACUGUAAAGAUGAAUUAAAUAUGGCCAUGCUGAAGGGGAUUUUAUUAGCAGAAGCCGAAGAAAGUCUUAGCCGUCUUGUGCAGAACACACAGGACAAGUAUGAUGGGAAGAUAUCUCGGUGUUCUGCUGAAGAUUUAAAAGCUCUCAUUGAGGCCAAACUUCAGCUUGCUGCUAUUUCUCAGCAAAGGCAUCAAGCAGCUUGCAGUGUUGCUUUGGCUUUCUCUGCAAUUCGACUUCUCCAAGAUGCAAAAAUUUUUAGGAUGGAAAUGACACAUUUUCAAGAAGAGAAGGAUGAAAGUAUGAGUGAAAAUUUGGACCCUAAUGUUGAAGAUGUUGAACUGCCUCUCGAUGUAGCAGCUGCACAAGAUCAUGUGAAUGCCCAUCUGUGGCUGAGGUGUCGUACAACGUUAGUCACUGCACUAGUAACACAGAUACUUGGUGUUGCUGAUAUGGAAGGAAAUAAUGUGGCUGAACGCAGAAGUGUGAUAGACGAAGUGAUACUAGAGGCAGAAGCCUUUGGUGAUACUGAGACACAGGCUGAAAUGAUGGUGCAAGCUGCUAUUCUUGAUCUGCAAGAAAAACGUCCUGUGGCAACCAUUAAACUUCUUUUGCAGAAGAUCAUCAGUUUACUCCAGGAGGAUACAGUUAUUUCCCCUCCAGCCUCUUUGACUCUUGUGAGAAGUAUGGUUCUGCUGGCAGACAUGCUAACACUGCAGUCAGGAGAGGACACAGAACAUUGCUCUUCUACAGUGGAACCACUGAACUUACUAAUUUUGGCACAUGAGCUUACCAUUAAAGCAAUUUUUGUUUGUGGAGAACCCAUUGAACAGCAAAUAGAAGACAGCACAUUGACUUGCCUGGUCCUACCUCCAAAAAAUAUCUUCUUGCCACACCUCAACUUGCUAGCCCAAGUCAAAAUGAGAAUUGGACACACAUUAGCUGAAAAAACAGCUUGUACACCUGCAAGAGAAGAUCCACUCCAAUGGCUACAUGCUCUCAAACAUUUAGAAUCAGCAUUAAAGCUUUGCAGAGCAUCUGCAACAAAAAAAUUAGAUAUGGAAGCUGAACUUCUUUUUCAGAUAGGUAAGGUGGAAUGCCAGAUAACUCAAGCAGGUAAUAACAAGUCAUCUCCAGCUGCUGAAACCCUGUUGGAAGCUAUACAACUCAGCCAGCAACAUGAUCAAAAUUUUGAGUUAAUAAGAAGAUCAUACCUUGAAAUAGCACUUUUAUAUUUGCAUUUUGCCACAAAUAAUGAGGCUGUGUCACAGACAGAUAAGAUGGUGUCUUCCAAAUCAAAAACAUCUUCUGGAAAACUCUCUACUAGUGAGGAGGCUCUAAAAUCAGAGGGCUACAAAGGACAAGCCUGGAUUGCAGUAAGAGCAGCUACACAGGUCAGUGAAGCUGUGCUUGCUUCUCAGCUGUUAAUUGGAAUGAAGAGUGUUAAAGAACAGAGCAUGAACGAUGCAGUGCAACAGAACAUCCCAGAAUUUGCUUCCAUGGAUCUUCUUGCUUCAUUCAGAGACUUCUUAUCUGCUGCCCCUAACUCCGGACCUCGAUCAUUUUCUGCAAGAGAUGGACACCUUAGUUCUGUUUUUGACUCAGGGAUUGUUCUACACAUAGCAGAAAUGCAUUCCUUUCUUAAAAAACACUUGCUUGAAUAUUCAAUGUGUUGUCUUGAGAAUUUCCCAGAAGAGCUACAUUAUGCAGAAUUGCCACUUGGUAGUCCAGCUAGUUCUUCAAAGAUGUCUCUUGAAAUGACUGAAAUUUCAUCAAGGAUGCCACAUGUGAGAACAGUUUCUCCAGUUCCUGUCGUCACAGAAGCAGAGGGUCAGACAGAGAGAAGGGCAGCAAAUGCUUCAAAUAAGGAAAUUAAUAUUCAGUGGUACAUUCCUUCUCUGGCAAAGCCAUCAAACAGUACAGAGACUAAGGUUUUGCUAAUUUAUGCUUACAAUACAAAGCCCAUCAAGAUGAGCAACAUCAAGAUUUUCAGCUCAAUGUCUGUGUUUUCAGGCUUCUUGUGGAUUCCAUUGGCUAGAGUUAUUUCUUUACAGGAGAAAUUAUCUAAUCUGAAGCAGGAAGUUGAAAUGAUGCUAAGUUCUAAAAGCUUGUCCUCAGCUUCAGAACCUACAAGUUUUCUUGAAGAAAGUGAAACCUUGAAAAUAAUUCCUUCAAAAAACCCUGAAGUGACUGUUGCAAAAGUGCAUCUUGAUGAAAAAACAGAAGAAAUGGCUAAAAGUUGUUUGUCUGAAGUCAAAGCACUGCUGUCUGGUGUUCCAGCCCUGUCCUUGCCAUUAACUCAGCUCCCAUUUGAUGUUACUUUGCAGUCAAUAGAAAGUUUGGAAGAGAUGUUUGAUCCGGCCACUGGAUCUCUAAAUGAACCUCGUGCAGAGAACAGGAUUUACUGUGAGGACGUGGAGCUGUUGGAGCGAGUCCAAAGGCGGCCCACGAAGAUGAUCCGAGGGCUGGAGCACCUCUCCUGCGGAGACAGACGGAGAGUUGGGGCUGUUCAGCCUGGAGAAGAGAAGGCUCCGGGAGGACUUCACAGCGGCCUCCCGGUGCCUGAAGGGGCUGCAGGGAAGCUGGGGAGGGGCUUUAUACCAGGGCCCGUAGUGAGAGGACAAGGGCCUGUUCAGGAUUUAGUUCAAAGGAUUCUCAGGCGUCUGCUGUGGGAUGGCGGGAUGAACGCUGGAGUGAGUCCCUUAGGUCCGAACUUCAGCCGUUCCGUGUAG